AAGAAGAAAGAAAACCCAGUUCACCAGUGGACUCCCUCAUUCCUCCGUCGCAUCGAACCGCAAACCCUAACCUCCGAAUCCCCGCCACCCGCCGGCGGAGAUCGAAUGAUGGCGAGGGGCCGCCGCAGCCCGGGCGGGCGGGGGAGGUUCGCCGGCGGGCCUCGGGGCGACGAGCGACCGUCCCGCCACGGCACGCGCAUCGAUGAGGAACCGUAUACCCCGCUCCCGCGGCGGGGGUCGGGCUGGGGCGUGGCGCCGCCAUCGCGGCACCUGUGGGUGGGCGGCCUGGCGCCCGGCGUCACCGCGUCCGACCUGUCGGAGCUGUUCCUCCGGUGCGGCGACGUCGAGGGCGUCGCCCGCGACCCCGGGCGGAACUUCGCGUUCGUGAGCUUCCGGCGGGAAGGGGACGCGGUGGCCGCGGUGCGGGAGCUGCAGGGGACCCGCCUCGCCGGGGCGCCCGUUAGGAUCGAGUUUUCCAAGGGGGAUAAGGCUUCAGGUAGCUCAAUGGAUGACAGAUGUACACAGUAUGUUGAUGAGCGAUAUUCUAUUGAACGUGGAAGAAAACGGCAACCAAGUCCUGAAAACACAAUAGAUAAAUCUAAAAGAAGUAGGUCUUCAGAACCUAGUGAGGUGUUAUGGAUAGGUUUUCCUCCUGGAUUAAAGGCAGAUGAGGCACUUCUGUGGGAAGCCUUUUCACCUUUUGGGCAGGUUGUCAGGGUAACAACAUUCCCAGGCCGUACAUAUGCAUUUGUUCAGUACACUAGUAUUGCAGCAGCCUGCAGAGCAAAAGAAGCACUUCAGGGAAGGCUUUUCAAUAAUCCUCGAGUAAGCAUAUGCUUUUCUCGAAACGAAGGUGCUGCACCAGAAGUUGGGAAACAAUCAUUUGUUGCCCCAUAUUCCCCCCAACCUAGUGCUCGGCUUGUCUUCAGAGACCAAGACUUUGAAGCCUUUCCUAGAGCUAGGCCUUUUGAUAGCCCUCCAAGAGAUUUACGCAUGUCAUCACCACAUUUUGGCCCAAACAGGUUAUCAAGAGAUUCAGAUGAUGUGGGAUUCCGCAGGGAUAAUUAUUUUCAACAGGAAACUGGAGUAGAGCUUGGCCGUGUUUCUAAUAUCAAGCCUUUUAGAAUACGGGAGCUCGGUCCAGAAAGAAGGAUGCAUGAGGAAUUGUAUGAGCCCCAUAGCAGAAGCCCUACUGCUAGGAGUGAUGCGCCAUGGCACAACAUUCCUUUUGAGAGACAUCGGAGACCCUUACAAUUGGAAGAUUCUUGGGACGUUGAAGACAAUUCAUACCUUAUUUCAAAGAAGCUGAGGGGUGCUGAAGUACAUGAUACUGAACUUCCUGAAUAUCCUUUCUCUGAAUUUGAUCAAGGAAAAGUUUGCCAUGACUACCCAAGGAGGCCCCAUUAUGAUCUGCCAGAAGAUGAUUUACACUCUAAAACGUAUCCAUUUACUUCUAUGCAUAGUAGACAUCACAUUGAUCCUUUAAAGAAUCUAACUCCACUUGUAGAUAAACAUGAACCAUGGUAUGCUCAAGAGAGUUUUGCUAGGCAUUUAGGAGAAAUGGAUAAGUUGACUCCUGAAUAUCAUGAACCUGCUCUUAAGGACGAAUGGAAAUGGAAUGGUACAAUAGCAAAGGGAGGCACACCAAUCUGCCGAGCUCGAUGCUUCCCUGUUGGGAAGGUCCUUGACUUCAUGCUGCCUGAGUUUCUGGAUUGCACUGCUAGGACAAGUCUUGAUAUGCUUUCUAAGCACUACUAUCAAGCUGCUGGCAGCUGGGUGGUAUUUUUUGUUCCAGAAAAUGAUGCGGACAUGGCAGCUUAUAAUGAUUUCAUGAGUUACCUUGGUGAUAAGCAGCGUGCAGCAGUUUGUAAGCUUGGAGAGAGGAGCACCUUGUUUCUUGUUCCACCUUCAGAUUUCUCUGAGCAAGUACUGAGAGUGCCUGGAAAAGUCAGCAUAUCUGGAGUCGUUCUGAAGUUUCAGCAGUCAAAUCCUGAUUAUAGCUCGCCAAAUCGCAGAUCGUUGGAGAGAAUUCACCCACCUUCUGCAAGUAAUCUGAACACUGAUGUAAGCAGUCGGGAAGAUCUGAAUGCACUGAGAAGACUCAAUGCACCAGAUAUCAGGACAUUCCCACUGGGUCCAGAUUAUGUCCGCUCAUCAGGUGGAAGCUAUACCCCAGCAAGUGCAGAUAUUAUUUCGCCUUACAAGCCAGAGAGUGCUCCAUAUGUUGUCCCUCAAUUACCACAUGAACGGACACCAGCUGACCCCCGCAUGGGUAUAGCACAAGACCAACAUCAGCAACUCCCAAACAUGUUGCCCUCAGGAUGGUCCAAUAAUAUGAAUGAUCCAAAUCCAGGUUCUGGUAACUUCAGUUCUUUGGCCCAGAGUGCAAUCUCCCAUGCUCCAAAUAACAGGACACAGGAGCCAUACACAUUUGCUACUCAAGGAGUACCAAAAGGGGCAGCAUCAGGGUGUGCACCAGGUGAAGCAUCCAACAGCAUGUCCUGGCCUUCAAUGCAACCGAAGUCACAGCAGAUAACUAGACCUGAUCAACCUACUAUUCCAGUAUCACUGCCACCAGAUCAACUUGCACAGCUGGCUGCCCUUCUUGCACAACAAAACCAACCUGGAAAUGCUGGUUUGCCUAUGGACAGCUCAAACAAUCAAUCUGGAUUCAUACAGAAUUCCAAUCCUUAUGGACAUGCUACAAUGAUGCCAGGCAACUCUGGCUCCAUCCCUAUCCAGAACUCACUGCCACCUGUUCCACCAUCUAUGCCACAGCUACCUGCUCAUGUGCCACCAAUACAAGGCUCACUACCUGCACAUCCAGCCAGUGCUCCUAUACUUUCUAACACCACUUUGUCUAUACCACCCAUGCAUGCUAUGGUGAACACACGUCAUUCUUCGAUGCCAUUGAGACCCUUCGUUCCUCCACUUCCUGAAGGUCCUCCGCCCUUUCAGCAGAACACAUCCAGUGCUCCCACAGUACAACCUUUAGCUCCUUCUGGCCAGCAGCCUAGCCAACAACAGUCUACUCAGGAAGAUGUUGAUGGAGAUCCUCAAAAGCGCCUUCAAGCAACGUUGCAGUUGGCAGCAACCCUGCUUAAGCAGAUUCAAAAUCAAUCAAACCCUGGUUCCCAGAAAUAGAUGCAAGUAUUACUGCUGCAGGAUCUGUGUUCCUUAGUCAAAAUUUAUUUCUGGGGUCUUGUUGGUAUGAAUUAUAUCUUGCCUGCCUGCUACAAAAAAGAAAAUCCUUUGGAACCUGAUAUUUCACGUACAGAUUGCAACAAGAACUUGAAAUAGUUCUAGGAGUAUGUGAUCCGAAUCUCAAUCAAGAUAUGCAAGAUGUACAAUGAACACAUGUUAGUUUUAGAGCAAAAUGCCUUGCACUGUAUAUCCCGAUGGAAAUAGAUAUGACUUCCAUUCUCAUGUUAAGAUCUAGGGUUUGUGAGUGAAAGAGAUAGGAAUGUGCGAUGGGUAGUCAGCUAGGAGCAGUGGUGCAACUAGGAGGGUUGAUCUCUAGGAAUACAGAGAGGGGGAGGGCGUGGAGAGUUACCUAAUUGUAAGCUAAAGGGCCCUUGCCCUUAAUUUCAUUAUUUUUAUCCACAGGGCAACUGCUUGCACUUUUCAGGAAUUAGCAAUCAUCACCAGUUGAAUUACAUGUUA